AUGGCAUCAAACGGAACCUGGCAAUGGGACGGACGUUAUCAAAAGUUCUAUCUAUUUGUGGGAAACGAUGCGAACGGAAAUCCAGUUUACGAAUGGGCGGACACGGUGCCGCAGCCUUCAAACGCGCAGCUACCAUCAGGAAACACAACACAAGCCCAGCCUGGCUAUGAACAAUCUCGUGCGCGAUCUGAUUCGGUUGUAAUCGACCCAAACAUGAUCCCGGGUGCGAGCGAACACGUGAGAACCCAGCUAUACUUCACUGGGACACCAGAACGUGGUUGGUACGAAUUAGACUCUAGCUACCGCAUGAGAACCAGAGCAGAAGCGCACCGUUUCUUCCAAAAAGGCCGUGUGCUCGCCAUGCUUUAUGCGGAGACACAGAGCGAAACAUCUGCUCGAAACUAUAGGAAUGGUACUGAUAACACCGCCAUCACUGUUGGACGAUUUGGACAGGGCGUCUUCUCGCAGAUCCGUAGGUUUGUGAUUGUCAAAGUUAAAAGAGCCGAGCACUUCUUCUACGCCUGCGCGAUCACGACUUACGGCCGGCGAGGAGUGACAAAGCCGGGCUGCAAUGCCGCCGAUCAUUCUGUUGUGUACCUCAAUGGGAAGCUUCCAAUCAUGUAUUCAGGAGAAGCAGAGCAAGGUUUGGUGAAGGAUCCUAUCAUGAUUAUGCCGACCGACGCCAACGAAGCGAUGGAUCCUAGCUCCAGGCUCAGAUACGGAAAGAUGUAUCCCAUUGAGUGGAACGUGAAGUUUCGUGAUGUUGGCAUGGUGUCCCCACGCGACAGAACCAAGCUUAUGAGAUACUUCAAAGAGUCACAACAGGCCGGUUUCGAUUCGGAUACCGACGAUGAUACAGAAGAUGGCGCUGAUGAGCCCCAACCCUACCGUCAAGCCUCUUCGCAAUACUCGUACUCCCAUGGACCACAUUCUGGUCAUGGCCACUAUUGA